AAAUACAAAAGUGAAACAGACAGAGAAGGAGAGAAACAAUGAGAGCCGCAGAAGAAGAAGAAGAGUGGGCUCCUACAACUACUAAGGCAUUGAUGUAAAAGAAGCAAGGAUGUGGUUCCUUUUGAUACGCAGAAUCAUCUUAAAAUCUGAUAAAACCUCCUCCUCUUCUAUUAUCUUCUUCUCUUCACCAAUCAUUCACUUCCUAACUUGAAACACAAUAACUAAAAACUCUUCUUGUUAUUUGUUUCUCUCCUCAAAGUUUCGUUUCCAUUUGUCUUAUAAAAAAGGUUUGAUCUUGAACAAGGGUAGAAAACAGAAAGAUCCUUUUUUAUCUUUUUUUGGAGAUUCCUCUGAUAUUCAGAUUCUGUUUUUGAGAAAAGAUGAAGAUUCAGUGUGAUGUGUGUGAGAAAGCUCCGGCUACACUUAUAUGUUGUGCUGAUGAAGCUGCUCUGUGCGCUAGAUGUGACGUUGAGAUUCAUGCUGCUAAUAAGCUCGCCAGCAAACACCAGCGCCUUUUUCUUGACUCUCUCUCAACUAAAUUUCCUCCCUGCGACAUCUGCCUUGAGAAGGCAGCUUUCAUAUUCUGUGUAGAGGAUAGAGCUCUUCUCUGUAGAGACUGCGACGAGGCUACCCAUGCACCAAAUACUCGCUCUGCUAAUCACCAGAGGUUCUUAGCCACUGGAAUCCGAGUUGCUCUUAGCUCCACUAGUUGCAAUCAAGAAGUGGAGAAGAAUCACUUUGACCCAUCUAACCAGCAGAAUGCAAAGCAGGUUCUCUCUAAAUUGCAAACUCAGCAACCCGCUGCUCCAUCUCCUUUGUGGGCUACCGAUGAAUUCUUCAGCUACUCGGAUCUUGACUGCAGUAACAAGGAGAAAGAGCAGCUUGAUCUCGGAGAGCUGGAUUGGCUUGCAGAGAUGGGUUUCUUUGGUGACCAGCCUGAUCAAGAGGCUCUACCGGCAGCUGAAGUUCCCGAGCUUUCGUUUUCACAUUUGGCUCAUGUUCAUCCCGACAACGGAGCCAUGAAGUCCAAUGUUUCGAAUAAGAAGCCGAGGCUUGAGAUCCGUUAUGAUGAUGAUGAAGACCACUUCCUUGUCCCCGACCUAGGCUAAACUCUGGCUGAAACAAGUGAAGCUUUAUAUCGAACUUGAUUCGUAUAUGUAACACCCGUUUAUUGUAUAUGCCUUGCUUUCUCUGUGAUCUGAUUCGAACCAGUAAUAGGUAUUUUUGUAUGAGUAAGUAUAUUUGCAACGGGAAGGUGUUUAGGCUC